CAGGGAUCUACAGCACUCUGUCUGCCCAGCCAAUCCUGCACUCUCUUUUCCUGAUCCAGGGAUCUACAGCACUCUCUCUGCCCAUUUAAUCCUCCUUUCUGUCCAUCUGUGCCAGGGAUCUACAGCACUCUCUUCUCCUGUACCCUGCUGUCUCUCCUUGUGGUUCUGGUCAGCAGUCUCAAGGCUUUGAGUCAGUCUCUCCACCUUUACCCAUCAGUCCCCUCACUUGUACCCAGCUGUUCACUUUUGUUAUCUAGGGGCCUUUUAUUUUUCUAUUUUGCCAGUCCAACUUUACAGACACCCAUCAUAUUGCCCAGUUGCCCAACCAGCCUGCCCAGUUACUAGUCCAGCUUUUACCUUACCAUCCAGGUACAAGCCAGUGAGACCCCUGAGAGAGCCCAACACAAGCCAAGCCCUCUGCUUAACAGCCCAGCAGCCACCCCCAUAGCACACUGGCCCUCUCUCUGCUAGCCAAGUCCUGCAGCCACUUGCCCCUCAGGAGCCCUGAGCAUGGCCGAGAGUGAAGCGGAGACCCCCAGCACCCCCUGUGAAUUUGAGAGCAAGUAUUUCGAGUACAAUGGGAUCCGGCUGCCCCCCUUUUGCAGGGGGAAAAUGGAAGAAGUAUCGGAUUUCCCUGUCCGGGAAAAUGACAUCUGGAUCGUCACCUACCCCAAAUCAGGUACCAGUUUGCUGCAGGAGGUGGUGUAUCUGGUGAGCCAGGGAGCCGACCCUGAUGAGAUUGGACUUAUGAAUAUCGACGAACAGCUUCCAGUUCUGGAGUAUCCUCAGCCGGGUCUCGACAUCAUUAAGGAACUGACAUCUCCUCGGCUUAUCAAGAGUCACCUCCCCUAUCGAUUUCUGCCAUCAGAUUUGCACAAUGGUAACUCCAAGGUUAUAUAUAUGGCUCGCAACCCUAAAGACCUUGUAGUGUCAUAUUAUCAAUUCCACCGCUCCCUGAGGACCAUGAGCUACAGAGGGACAUUCCAGGAAUUCUGCAGGCGAUUUAUGAAUGACAAGUUGGGGUACGGUUCAUGGUUUGAUCAUGUUCAAGAGUUUUGGGAUCAUCGCCUGGAUUCCAAUGUCCUGUUCCUGAAGUACGAAGACAUGCACAAGGACCUAGGAACAAUGGUGGAGCAGCUCGUCAGGUUCCUGGGGGUGUCAUACGAUAAAGCCCAGUUGGAGUCCACAAUCGAGCACUGCCAUCUUCUCAUUGACCAUUGCUGCAACGCCGAGGCCCUGCCCAUAGGCAGAGGGCGAGUCGGCCUGUGGAAGGACAUCUUCACCGUAUCGAUGAAUGAAAAAUUCGACCAGGUGUACAAGCAGCGGAUGGGGAAAUUGGACCUCGCCUUUGAAUUCAACUUAUAGAAUAAUAAAACGCAUGCAUAUAUAUAUAUUCGUAAAGAAACAUAAAGGCUCUGUUUAUACCUUCUGCACAAUAGGAAAUAGUCUGAGAUAUAUCAGCUCCAGGAAACUGCUGUAUUCACUUAUAUUAUUAUUAUUAUUAUUAUAAUAUAUUAUAUUAUAUUAACUCCUGCAGUGCCUGAGCAGUUUAGAACCUGCUGGGCUGCCUGGUCACUGAUGUAUUCCAAUAAUCCGUGUAAGCACAUCAGUUGGCGAGAACAGGAUUGGUUGCUUUAAAUUUGCUGUAAAUGGCUUGUGACCCAAUCUGAUUGUGCGCUUUUUUUUGGGGUGAUGUUCUCUGUGUUAUUUUUUUUAGAAUUAGACUGAAAGGAUCUUUGAUAUUUACGGGGUGUGGGGCGGACGGUGGGUAACCGCAGGGUGGCUGCGAUUAGAUCUCAGGGCUUUGCGGUGGUAUUGGUUCAUUCUUUGUCAUGUUUGAAAUAAAAAAAAAACAUUUAUAAACGUAUGAAACA